GUCAAAAAAAAGUGUCAAAUGUUAGGUAAAAAUAACGCGGGUUGAUUGAAUUUAAUUUAAAUUGGUGAAUUACAGGAUUAUCGUGAUUGAAAAACGCGAAGGGUCGUACCCAAUUGAUCCUGCAAAAAAAAAGUGAACAUCAUCGAUCCUUACUUGAACAACCUUGAGGUCCAGAUUGCACAGGCAGGUUUUACUUCACGUGCCAGAAAGGCUUUGACGAGGUUAGUUUUGAUGUCGAAGAAGAGCUUUUCAGAUUCCUCGUCCAGUUUAUCCGCAUAAGAUUAAGAUGUCUCAAGUGCUGAAGUUACUUUUUAGUUCAAAUUUGAAAACGUUGCUUUCAAAUAGGCAAAAUUCAGUCAGGACUCUCUCUAGUAUAACAAAGGAGUUGAUUAGACAAAGUGGUCCAGCUACCUACACCAAUCAGGAUAUCCUGCUUUCCAAUUUGAAAGUGGCAUCAAAAACUCAAAAUGUUUUAGAAAUUGUAAACGAUCACAGCAAAAUUAUGAACCAUAAACACAUGAUGCAGGCUUUAAGGUCUCUGUUUUUAUUACAGAAAAGUGGAAACUCUAAUUUAUCAAUACAGCAAAUUAUAAAGCAUCCUGAUUUUGAAAAGUUAUGCAAAUGCCUAAAGAAACAUUCAGGCGCUAUAGAACUGAAUGAUUCGAUCGAAGCGCUAAAAGUGAUGAAUUUCAUAGGAGUGCAAUCUGAUAGCACAAUAGUUCAGGUGUUGUUGCAAUUGAUUAGGCAUCAAAUCAACGAUUUAUCGUUACAUCAAAUUAUCUUCAUUGAUUUUUUGUUCACACAUAUGAAGAGUACACCUCUGGUCGAAGCUCUCCGAUUGGCCCUACCUAUCGUAUUUGAAAUCCAGAUACCUUACAAAUUGGACAGAGAGAAUUUAUUGACUAUGACGGAGUGUCUUCAAUACGUUUCGAAAAAGAAUGUUUCCGAUAAGUGUGUGGAAACUAUUGUGAAUUCAAUUGUAAAGUAUAGGGGUGACAUAGAUUUUCGGAACGCGAUGAGCAUUGUUUGGUCUAUAUGCGAUAUGGAGGCGGAUCCGUAUUUCGAACAGUUAAUGAAGAGAUGCUUGGACUGUCUGAUUGUGCAAUUCGAUUCUUUGCAAUUGACAGACAUCGAGACGACCUUAAGUAAAUUGGUACACAGGGUCAGCAACAAGCACACCUUCUACUACAAUGACGUCUUCAUCGAUCUUAGCGUAAAUAGAAUAUUAGAUAAUGACUUAGGAUUUGAACCUGCUAUCCAUAUUCUUCGAAGGCUCUUUAAAGUGUAUCACGAACACAGUAAUCUCAUGGAUUAUAUUCUUAAAAAGAUACAUGACGAUCCGUUGACGUUUGAAAACACUAGUUCCGUCAACAUUUCGAUAAUUGUUUUCAUGUUAGGAAUGUGCAACGGUAAUUCCAAAUAUAUGGAUUCGAUUAAGGGCACGUUGCAGACUUCGAACAAAUUGAAAAAUUUGAAAGAUAUGUUUUGGUUGAAGAUGGCGACCUCGCUUUGCAUUUUGGAUGUUUACGUACCUGAAAUACUUGAAAAGGCUUUAAGCGAUGCUAAUAUUAAUAAAACAAUUAAUAAAGGGUUCGUUGCUGAUUACCGUAAUUUAUUGUUGUUGAAGCAGUCCAUCACUUUGUACAAAUCGGACUAUAUGUCGAUGUUACCUGCAAAUGAAGUAUUAGAGCAGUUGCAAAGUAAGGUUUCUGCGGAUAACGAAUUUCCGCUUGAAGCCUCUCUACAGGUUGCCUUCGGGGGCCAGAAUUACGUUAAGACCAAUAUAGUCAGUGAAUUAUACCAUACUAUAGAUCAUGUGGUUAUGUUGAGAAAGGGUGGUUAUGCAGUCGCAUUUCCACCUGCAAACAAUUCUAAUAAACUGGAAGAUUUAGAUAUGGGAGAUAAUCAAAUGGUAUUAAUAUAUGGCUUGAAUAAUAUGCAUUAUAUGCGAAAUACAAAAACAAUGAAAGGAUUCGUCAGUCAUUCGAUUAAAACGUUAGAGUCUAUGGGUCACACAGUGGUUUCGAUUUGCUUAGACGAUUGGAACGCUCUCUCCGAUUUUGAAAGGAUCCCCUUCUUAAUGCAGGCAAUCAAGGAGAAGACUGAACAUCUAGCCAUAAUGUCUGAUUCAAUUUAGUCUGAAUAAAACAAUUAUACUUUUAUUGCAGUUUGUAAAUAUUUAAUUAUUAUUU